CCGGAAGUAUAAAAAUAUUGGAAUUCAACGGAAGCCACAUCAAAUCGCUAGGAAGAAUUGAAUUGAGCAGCUGCUACAAAAUGCAUGAGAAUAUAUGGAAUGAUAAAGUGCAAAAUCCUUUAUUAUUGUGGAAGGGACUCUAUGGUUAUGAUGCUACUUUGUUUUCGGAAAAUCAAUUGAGUUAUUUUCAUGAUUUUUUAAAAGUUAAAGAAAUGGUAAAGUGGCCUGAUGACGAAGAAGAGUUUGCAAUAGAUACCGAGAGGCCGCAGCCUUGGAAGACGAUAAAGGGAUUUUUCUUAAUGGUUGGUGUUUCAAGCAGGGAGAGUGAUAUUGAUGAUGCUACAGUUGCUGCUACUACUAUGGAAUUUUUGAAGUAUUUUACAGAUAUACUUGGAAUAGUGAAGGGGCCUAAUGAUGAUGUCCGACCGAGGAAAAAAGAAGAGUGGGUAAUAGAUAUUGAGGGGCCGCACUAUUUGGAGGAGAUAAGUGGAAUUGUAUUAUAUGUCGUAAUUUUUUUUAAAGAAGAUGUUUCAGUCUGGGAUGAUAGUGAUAUUGUUGAUGCUAAAAUAACCAGUAAGAUAACCAGUAACGGCUCAUAUCAUGUAUGCCGUAUUCAAGAAGAGGUACGAUUGGUUAAUAGUGGUUUCCACGAAAAGGAAAAUAGGACUGGAUAUUUUGUAUGGGUGGGGUACUCCAAUUUACAAUCUUUUGAACUUAAGGUUUUGGACAAUUUGCUAGUUCAAUUUUAUCCCAAUCAUCGUGGGAUGGUGCCGUUUUAUGAAAGUUACAGAGCGAAAGUGGGACCUAUUCCAGAUAAGGUGGUGAAGGACUAUGAUGAUCCAAAGGUAGAUUUGGAGUUAGAGAUUCUACUUAUAGAUUUUGGAGUCCUUGACUUAUCCACUCCUCGCAUGACUCUUAGUUCCUCUAUCAGAAAUGGUGUCAGCUUCAUCUCGAAGUUCAUGACGUCAAGGCUGCAUGGGAAUCCUGAGAGUGCAAAGCCACUACUCAGGCACUUACAAGCUCUAUAUUAUAAAGCAGAGGAUCUUAUGAUGAAUGCAACUUUGGAUAUAGUCGCAAAGCUACAAAGUGCCUUGAUUGUAUUUGUCUCUGCAAUCCCCAGAGAGAUACCAUUUCUUAAUUUUGAGCAGAGGUGA